UUUCUGCGCAAGAGGUCAAGCGUAACUAACCAUUUGAUCUUUGCAUCACAAACGGAUAUUCACCGAAGAGCAGGACAAUCUUUCUUCUCCCUUCUUAUUGUUAAUAAACAAUUAUUUUCUGGCUGGAGUAUAAAAAGUUAUCACCGACAGAAGUUCAAAGAUGUCGGUUAAACUAGCAAUACUGCUGACCGUUGCACUUGUGUGUGCCUCUGUAGAAUCAAUAAGACAUCACAAAAUAAGAGCAAGAAGGGACUUGAUGCACAGAGAGGAAUACUAUCAUGAUCGAGCUGAUUAUAUUCAAAAGAGAAGUGCAAAUCCAUGUGGAAUGAGCUGCCCAUCUGCUUGUGCCCCUGCCUGUUCACCAGGAUGCUGUGGAGCAGCAGCACCACCUCCACCAAUGCCAGGACCAGCUGGACCACCAGGACCCCCUGGUCUAUCAGGUGGACCUGGUCCUUUUGGACCACCAGGGCCUAUUGGACCACCUGGCUGCCCAGGAUGCAUGGGACCUGCCGGACCACCAGGGCCACCCGGCCCACCAGGACUUCCUGCCCCUCCAGCUGCAUCUUGUCCACCCAUCUGUCUACAUUGGUAUGCAAUCAUCCGCCAAGCCCCUCCACCUGCUCCACAAUACUCUUGCCCUACCCAAUGUCAGCAACAGCCAGGAUGCUGUGGAUCACCUGCACCACCACCAAUGAUGCCAAGCUGUCAGCCAUCAUGUGCUCCUCAAUGCUGCAUGCCCCCACCACCACCACCACCUCCCCCAAUGAUGCCAAGCUGCCAGCCAUCAUGUGCUCCUCAAUGUUGCAUGCCCCCACCACCACCUCCCCCAAUGAUGCCAAGCUGUCAGCCAUCAUGUGCUCCUCAGUGUUGCAUGCCUCCACCACCACCACCUCCAGUCGCUAUGCUCCCAUUGCCAGCAAGAGCACCGCCUCAGUGUCCACCUGGAUGCCCACGAUCUUGCUACCCUGCAUGCAGACCAGGCUGUUGUAAUCCAAUGCCACCACCAAUGCCAAUGAUGAUGCCAAGCUGCCAGCCAUCAUGUGCUCCUCAGUGUUGCAUGCCACCUAUGCCACAAGCCCCACCACAGAUCAUGAUGGGUCCUCCUCCCCCACCACAGAUGAUCAUGAUGCCUCCACCCCCACCACCCCCAGCAUGUGCACCAUCCUGUGCACCACAGUGCUGCAUGCCACCAGUGAUCAUCCCACCACCCCCACCACCCCCACCACCUCCUCCCCCAGCAAUGUGCCAACAAGGCUGCUCUGCAAGCUGUGCUCCAGCAUGUACUCCAGCCUGUUGCAGUAGGAAGCGCUCUUCAGAAGAAAAGCAAUAAACAUGAUGAUCCAAUAGUUCAUUUCACAACGUUAUUACUUCACGUUGCUCGUAUGAAGGAUUUCUCUCCGCUGUGAACUAUGAGAUUGGUCUUAAAACUCUAACUGCAUGUAUAUGAUAUCCUUAGAUUACUGCAUGUAUUGGUAUAUUACUUCAAUAAAUGACAUAACUACAUCUUUGUUUAUGCUAUCGACAUCAAAGUUACAUAGCUUCGGUCAAUGACUUAGCAUCACGUAUAUUCAAGAAGAAGAAUUCUGAUUCAGUAUUGCAUACAUUGGUAUUGAAAUCACGUCUAGCAGCAAAUGAAAGAUAUCCUGUAAAUACUGCAAUUAGUUUAAACCUUGUUGAAAUUAUGAUAUUGUCAGCUGUGAUUAUGUAUUUAACACGUUUUUUGUAAAACAGUAGUAAGUUAGAAGAAGAAACAGAUUUUCCUGCGCCUAAGAUGUAAGUCUUUCUCUUAAAGGCUGCAGAAAAGUAUGGUUUAAUUCUACAGAAUUAUCUGUGUUGAUAGCUUAUUAGUAUCCCUAUGUAAGACGAAAAUAUUAUUUAAAUGUAUCAUAUUGUUUUUAGAA